CUAGCCCAACUUUUGUACCACACAAAAACAGCUGUCAAAGAAAUCGCCUGAUUUUUAGCGCUAAAGUUAGAGACCUGUUGCAAGCCGUGGACCAUCAGCAGACUGUUGCGUUUAACAAUAAUAAUAACACCAGCAGCUACCAUUCGCCAACUGGACAAAAUAACGGGAAAAGUGCCCGAGCCAAUCGUCGUCGACGUCGCCGCAAUAGGAAACAAAAUUCCCAGCAACCUGACGCCUUUCAAGAUUCAAGCGCGCAGCUAACACCCAGCACCUCCCAUUCCCAUAGUGCACCAUCUGGAACCCUAACCCCGAACAACGAUACAUUCAAUAUGCCAGCCCGUUUCGAAGAAGUAAUCACCGCUGAGCCAGCCGCAACUCGUACUGCCCCCCAAUUGGACCUGGGUGGUGGACAGUAUACGCAGCUGAACGAUGAAAUAGCCAUUACUGGAUUCUCUGGUCGCUUGCCAGAAAGUUCAAGCAUUGAGGAAUUCAAGCAAAAUCUCUACAAUGGCGUUGAUAUGGUCAAUGAUGAUCCCAGACGUUGGGAGCGCGGGCUUUAUGAUCUACCCGAUCGUAUGGGCAAGAUAAAGGAAGAAGAUUUGGAAAACUUUGAUCAGCAAUUCUUUGGUGUUCAUCAGAAGCAAGCCGAAUGCAUGGAUCCCCUAUUGCGUAUGCUCCUCGAACUGACUCACGAAUCAAUCAUUGAUGCUGGUCUCAAUCCCACCGAUUUGCGUGGCUCACGCACUGGCGUGUACAUUGGUGUCUCGACUUCGGAAACGGAGCAGCAUUGGUGUGUGAAUGCGGAUCGCGUGAAUGGCUAUGGAUUGACUGGCUGUGCCCGUGCUAUGUUUGCCAAUCGUAUCUCAUUCACAUUUGAUUUUAAGGGACCCAGUUACAGCAUUGACACAGCCUGUUCCAGUUCGCUGUAUGCCUUGGAGCAGGCCUACUCCGACAUGCGCGAGGGCAAGAUCGAUAAUGCCAUUGUUGCCGGAGCGGGACUCAUUCUGAAGCCCACCAUGUCGCUGCAGUUUAAGCGUCUGAACAUGUUGAGUCCGGAUGGUAGCUGCAAAGCCUUUGAUGAAUCUGGCAAUGGUUAUGUCCGUUCCGAUGGGUGUGUUGUGCUUCUCUUGCAGCGCGCUUCGGCAGCCAAGCGUGUCUAUGCCUCCAUUUUGAAUGUGCGCACCAAUACAGACGGAUUCAAAGAGCAGGGCAUUACGUAUCCCAUUGGAAAAAUGCAGAAUCGUCUUAUUCGCGAGACCUAUGAAGAGAUUGGGCUCAACCCCAACGAAGUGGUGUAUGUGGAGGCUCACGGCACUGGCACCAAAGUCGGUGAUCCACAGGAGGUGAAUUCCAUUACGGACUUCUUUUGCAAAAACCGUACCUCUCCCCUGCUAAUUGGUUCAGUUAAGUCAAACAUGGGUCACUCGGAGCCAGCAUCUGGUGUGUGCUCAGUAGCCAAACUUUUGAUUGCAAUGGAGGAAGGUGUCAUUCCCGCAAACUUGCAUUACAACAAGCCCAAUCCUGAUCUCUAUGGCCUAGUCGAUGGACGCUUGAAAGUGGUGGACAAGAAUCUGCCAUGGAAUGGAGGCAUUAUUGGUCUGAAUUCAUUCGGUUUUGGUGGCGCCAAUGCCCACGUUAUUCUCAAGUCGAACCCCAAACCAAAGGCGAUUACACCCCGCGAUGGAGCUCCCAAGGUGGUACUGGCCUCAGGACGUACCUUUGAAGCUGUCCAAGAGCUUCUCGAAUCAGCCACCGAUCACGCCAAUGACGAUGAGUACCUGCAACUGUUAAAUGAUAUCCACUCCAAGCCCAUUCCACUGCACUACUUCCGCGGUUUCGGUGUAGUCAGCACCAGCAAGGGUUCAUUGCAGCGCGAAGUUGUUGAAUUCACCGACGAGAAACGUCCCAUUUGGUACAUCUACUCCGGCAUGGGCAGCCAGUGGGCUAGCAUGGCUAAAGAUCUGAUGCAAAUUGAUGCUUUCGCUAAAACUAUUCAACGCUGCGCCGAUGUGUUGAAGCCCGAGGGUGUGGAUCUUAUUGAUGUGCUCACCCGUUCCACGGAUAAGACAUUUGAGAACAUCCUCAACUCUUUCAUCUCUAUUGCUGCCAUGCAGGUGGCGCUUACUGAUUUGCUCGGCUCGUUGGGCAUCCAACCCGAUGGCAUUGUGGGACACUCUGUCGGUGAAUUGGGUUGUGCCUAUGCCGAUGGCUGCUUCACCCCAGAACAGACGGUUUUGGCUGCCUACUGGCGUGGUAAGAGUAUCCAGGACACACAACUCUCCAAGGGCAAGAUGGCAGCAGUUGGUUUGAGCUGGGAAGAAGCACACAAGCGUGUGCCCAGCGACUGCUUCCCCGUUUGUCACAACAGCGAAGACAACUGCACCAUUUCGGGACCAGAAGCUUCCAUUGAGACUCUGGUGGCUAAAUUGAGUGCCGAUGGCGUCUUUGCCAAGGCCGUCAAUUCCAGUGGCUAUGCAUUCCACAGCAAAUACAUUGCCGAUGCUGGACCAAAGUUGCGUAAGAGUCUGGAGAAGAUUAUUCCGAAUGCCAAGAACCGAACUACUCGCUGGAUAAGUACCAGCAUUCCCGAAUCAGCCUGGGACACUCCUGUUGCCAAGCAAUCGUCGGCCGCUUACCAUGUAAACAACUUGCUAUCCCCUGUGCUGUUCCAUGAAGCUCUCCAGCAUGUGCCCAAGAACGCAAUUUCCAUUGAGAUUGCCCCCCAUGGUCUGUUGCAAGCCAUCUUGAAGCGUGCUCUCGGACCCGAUGCCACCAAUCUCAGUCUUGUGAAGCGUGGCCAUGAGAACAACGUAGAAUUCUUCUUAACCAACGUGGGCAAACUGUAUGCCGCUGGAGCCCAGCCGCAAGUACUGAGCCUUGUGCGUCCCGUCAGCUAUCCAGUGGGACGUGGCACUCCAAUGUUGAACUCGAAGAUUGGUUGGGAUCAUACUCAGAAGUGGUUGGUUGCCAAAUUCGGCAAGGAAACUACUUCGGGCGAGACUGUGAUCGAGGUGGAUCUUUCUAAGGAAGAUGAUGCCUUCCUGGCCGGUCAUACAAUCGAUGGCCGUAUCCUUUUCCCUGCUACAGGCUACAUGACCCUUGCCUGGAUAACCUUUGCUAAAAUGCGUGGCGGCGAAUUCCACAAGACUCCUGUUGUGAUGGAGAAUCUAGUAUUCCAUCGCGCCACCAUUCUCAACAAGAGCGCAGUGGUCAAGUUCGGCAUCAACUUCUUCGACGGCACUGGCAACUUCGAGAUCUGUGAGAGUGGCAGUUUGGCCGUGUCUGGCAAAAUCACUCUGCCUGAGACCAUUGAAAAUGAAGAGCUGCCUCUGGACGCACAAACCGCCAGCACUGCAGCCAAGCAGCUGGCCACAAACGACGUGUACAAGGAGCUGCGCCUGCGUGGCUAUGACUACGGCGGCAUUUUCCGUGGCAUUCUGAAAUCCGACACCAUUGCCUCCACCGGUCAGCUGCAAUGGGUGGACAAUUGGAUUAGCUACAUGGACACCAUGCUGCAGUUCAGUAUCCUGAGCAAGAACUUGCGUGAAUUGUACCUGCCUACGCGUAUCGAGAAGGCUGUUAUCAAUCCGGCCAAGCACUUGGAGCUGAUCAGUGCCCUUAGCAAGGAGGCUCAGUUGGAAACCGGACUGCCAGUUUACUGGUACGAUGACAUCAAUGUUAUUAAGAGCGGCGGCGUCGAAUUACGUGGUCUGAAAGCCUCUCUGGCUCAACGUCGUCCAGGCACACAGGCUCCACCCACUCUGGAACGCUACACUUUUGUGCCCAAUAGCAACACCAACGAAUUGCAUGAGAACUCGGAGAAGGCACGUCUGCAUGCUUUGGAUGUAGCCAUCCAACUGAUCAUUGAGAAUUCCAGCGGCGCCGUGAAACUAAAGGGUGUGGAACUCGCUAAUGGACGCAAUCCCGAUGUGUUAGUGGCUAACCGCCUGCUCCAGAUCAUCGAGGGCGAACCUGUGCUCACUGGUGAUGUGGCUGUGGUUACCUCCAAUAAUAACGAAGAGACCAUAACCAGCGCUUUGGGUGACUCUGGAGUACGCGUCAUAUCAAAGGAUGUGCUGAAGGAGCCGGUGGAGCAGAACUGUCACUUUGUAUUCGGUAUCGAUGUGUUGGCCCGACCAGACACCAAAACUUUGGAAAACACUAUUGCCAGCAUUCGUGAUAAUGGCUUCCUGAUCUUUGAGGAGACGCUAACCAGUUAUACCAAGACAGGACGUGGACUCCUCGAGAAGUUUGGAUUUGUGCCAAUUCAGGAGCAGACUCUGGGAGGUACUCGCAUCCUUGUCUUGGCUCGUCGUAGUGUCGACCUGAAGACUCGCAAGUCCGUGAUUGUCCAAGCUACCGAACAGAAUUUCAAUUGGGUGGAUGAUCUGAAGGCUGCCUUAGCCACAGCUGCCACCGAGGAGCAGUACGUUUAUGUCGUAUGCCAGGCCGAGGAGCUCUUUGGGGCUGUUGGUCUAAUGACUUGCAUCAAAAAUGAAAAUGGUGGCAAGUUGGCUCGUCUGGUCUUUGUUCAGGAUGCCAAGGCUGAGAAAUUCUCAUUGACCUCACCUCUGUAUCGCAAGCAGCUCGAAAAGGAUCUCAUUUCGAACGUGCUGAAGAACGGAAACUGGGGUACUUUCCGUCAUUUGAAGCUGGAAACCCAGCAAGCCACUCUUCAGGUGGAACACGCCUACGUGAACGCUCUGGUCAAGGGUGAUUUGGCUUCGCUGAAGUGGAUCGAGGCAGCCAAGGCUGAUACUGCUGUCCAGGCCAACAAAGAUCUGGAAACUUGUACUGUCUACUAUGCCCCGAUUAAUUUCCGUGACGUGAUGUUGACAUCGGGCAAACUGGCUGCUGAUGCUCUUCCAGGAGAUUUAGCCGAACAGGAUUGUGUCUUGGGUCUAGAAUUUGCUGGACGAGACACUGCUGGACGUCGCGUCAUGGCUAUGGUGCCGGCCAAGUCCCUGGCUACAACUUGUGUGGCCAGCAAGCGUAUGAUGUGGCAGAUUCCCGAGAAGUGGACCAUGGAGGAGGCAUCCACUGUGCCAUGCGUCUACUCCACUGUCUACUAUGCUUUGGUGGUGCGUGGACAGAUGAAGAAGGGUGAACGUAUUCUCAUUCAUGCCGGUUCCGGAGGAGUUGGUCAGGCUGCAAUCUCCGUUGCUCUGCAUCAUGGAUUGACUGUCUUCACCACAGUGGGCAGCAAGGAGAAGCGUGAGUUCUUGUUGAAACGUUUCCCCAAACUUCAGGCCCGCAACAUUGGCAAUUCCCGUGACACAUCAUUCGAGCAGCUUGUAAUGCGUGAGACCAAGGGACGUGGUGUGGAUCUUGUCUUGAACUCUCUGUCCGAAGAGAAACUUCAGGCUUCUAUUCGCUGCUUGGGACUCAAUGGACGCUUCUUGGAAAUCGGUAAAUUCGAUCUGAGCAACAAUAGUCCAUUGGGCAUGUCAGUGUUCCUUAAGAACACUUCCUUCCAUGGCAUUCUGCUCGACAGUGUGAUGGAGGGCGAAGAGGAGAUGCAGAACCAAGUUGUCUCCCUGGUGGCCGAUGGUAUCAAGAAUGGCGCAGUAGUGCCAUUGCCCACAUCCGUUUUCAAUGAUCAGCAGGUGGAGCAAGCUUUCCGUUUCAUGGCCUCCGGCAAGCACAUCGGAAAGGUGGUUAUUAAGGUACGCGACGAAGAGGAUGGCAAGAAGUCCCUAGUGCCCAAAUCGCGUCUGAUCAAUGCCAUUCCCCGUACAUACAUGCAUCCAGAGAAGAGCUACAUUCUGAUCGGUGGUCUUGGCGGUUUUGGUUUGGAAUUGACAAACUGGCUGGUGACCCGCGGAGCCCGUUACAUUGUGCUUACAUCUCGUUCGGGAGUGAAGACUGGUUAUCAAGGUCUUAUGAUCCGUCGCUGGCAGGAACGUGGCGUUAAAGUAGUCAUUGACACCAACGAUGUGACCACCGCUGCUGGGGCCAAGAAACUUUUGGAAUCUAGCAACAAGCUGGCUUUGGUUGGAGGCAUUUUCAAUUUGGCCGCUGUGUUGCGUGAUGCUCUCAUCGAGGAUCAGACAGCCAAGGACUUCAAGACCGUCGCAGAUCCAAAGGUGACGGCCACCAAGUAUCUGGAUCAAUUCUCUCGCACCAUUUGCACAGAGUUGGACUACUUCAUUUGCUUCUCCAGUGUGUCUUGCGGUCGUGGUAACAUUGGACAGACCAACUAUGGUCUUGCGAAUUCAGCAAUGGAACGUAUUUGCGAACACCGCCAGAUCAGUGGAUUCCCGGGCACAGCUAUCCAGUGGGGAGCCAUCGGUGACACCGGACUGGUUCUGGAGAAUCUCGGUGACAAUGACACAGUAAUCGGAGGAACCCUGCCCCAGCGCAUGCCUUCCUGCUUGCAGACAAUUGAUCUUUUCCUGCAACAACCGCAUCCCGUUUUGGCCUCCAUGGUUGUGGCUGAGAAGCGCAAGUCCGAUCAAUCGGCUGGUGUUAGUCUAAUUGCCACUAUUUCAAACAUUCUUGGUCUGCGUGAUACAAAGAAUAUCCAGGAUGCUGCUUCCCUGGCCGAUCUGGGCAUGGACUCGCUGAUGAGUGCUGAGAUCAAGCAGACUCUUGAGCGUAACUUUGACAUUGUAUUGUCCGCCCAAGAGAUUCGCCAACUGACCUUUGGAGCUCUGAAGCAGAUGGACGGUGGCGCCGAGGUCAAACCGGCAGCUGCCGCUGCUGCCCCAGCUGCUGCAGAUGGUACAAACAAAUCGCCCGUUUCAUCUCGCACAGCCAGUCCCUUGGGCGAUGGCACUCAGGUUGUCUUCACCACCGCCCUGAUGCCCACGGAAGCCAUUGUUCGUCUGGAGACAAAGGCCCCAGCCACAAGCAAACAAACUCCCAUUUUCUUCAUCUCACCCAUUGAGGGAUUCGCCAGCGCUCUGGAGCCACUGGCCAAGCGCCUGGAGGUACCCGCCUAUGGUCUACAGUUCACCGAAAAUGUGCCCGUAGACUCGGUGGAGUCGGCCGCUAGAUUCUUUAUUAAACAACUGCGCACCAAGCAACCCAAGGGCCCAUACAAACUAGCCGGUUACUCAUUUGGUUGUCUGCUCACCUACGUGAUGGCGGCCAUCCUUGAGGAGAGCAAUGAGAUUGCCAACGUGGUAAUGUUAGACGGAGCACCCACCUAUGUCAACUGGUAUACGAGUAGUUUCAAGCAACGCUACACAGCUGACGAUGACAACAACAAUCACAGCUAUGGAUUGGCCUACUUUGGCAUUGUCCUGGCCAACAUUGACUACAAGGCGCUGGUCCGCCUGCUUUUGGUCAUCCCAACUUGGGAGGAGAAACUCGAAAAGUUUGCUGAACUAAUGAGUGUUGAAAUCAACCAUCCUGUCGAUACUAUCAAGAAAUCGGCAACUUUAUUCUACAAGAAGCUGGAAUUGGCUGACAGCUACACGCCCACCUUGAAGCUCAAGUCGAAUGUGACUUUGGUCAAACCCACAGAGAAUUCAGCUAAAUUGGAUGAGGACUAUCGUCUAAAAGAGGUCUGCAUUAAGCCCGUGGAUGUGCAUACGGUUGUAGGCAAUCAUCGUACCUUCCUCAUUGAGGAGCAGUCAGUGGCGACCAUUCAGAGUAUAUUGAAGCGUCUCUUCAACUAAGUCCAUUCCCCCUCCAAAAAAAAAACCAAGCACACCCCCUAACCUAAGCAUCACCCAAGACAAAUUACACGCACAUACAAUACUCGUGUUAUCCACUUGUGGAAUCACAAAUCUCCGUCUCUCUAUCUAUCUAUCUAUCUAUCAUGACAUGCACCGGUUCAUUUAGUUAGCAUAUUUUAGUGAAAUGAAUUUAUGUUAUGUGGAGCAGCAUCAAUUGCCAACCAAAUUAUCACAGUAACGCACAGUUAAAUACAUGAUAUAUCCUCCAAAUGUGAAUUAGAUAUAAGUUAUAUCCAGUGAUCGAUUUAAUUGCCGUCUUGCAGGGUCUUUGUAAAGAAUCCAGGUCCAAAUUAAAUUCUUUAUAGAUCCUGCGAUUCUGGGCAAUUGAAUGACACACUGAAACGUCCCGAACUUACCAAAUAUAUAUCUAUAUCUAAUUGUA